AUGGCUGACGCUGAGUCCCCGCCGGCAGCUGCGUGCCCGUCGGACAACGAAGAAUCUUCUAAUCUUCAAAUAAUUGAAAACGAAGAGGAGGCAGCUUUAAUUUCAACGGAUCAACCUGAAACUUCGGGAGAUGAACAAGCUCUUCCUCAAGAAGUCCCUCCUCGUGAAGCUUCUCCUGAAGCUUCUCCUCAAGAUGAACCUCAAGCUUCUGAAGAAGUCGACGAUGCCGAGGCGGCAGAGAAAUCCAGAAAAGAAAAAGAGGCAUUCAUGCAAAUGUUCCGUGUUGCUUCCAGUAUCAAGGAUAUCACUAACGAACUUCGAGCCUUUGUAGGUCAUCCGGAUGUUCUCCAGUCGGAUCGAGAUGAGAUUGUCGAGUUGGUAGAACAAAAGGUUCGGGAAGAGAAAGCACGGAAAAAGUCGGAAAAAGCGAGUAGGAAAGAGAAAGAGCAAGCGGAGAAGGAGCCUGUCGAUCUGGUCAAUGUAAUCAAGAACGCCACGGGAAUCGACGUGGCUGCGGCGCUUCAGAAGGUUGCACAUGCGAAAGCGAUGAAUCAAGUUCCGAUGGUUCCGAUCCAUCCAGGCAUAGGGGUCCUUCCUCCAUCGAUGGUGCCGCCAACAGGAAUUCCCUCCGCUGCUGUCCCACUUCCAGCAGUAUUCACAGCUCCGCCACCGCCUGUGAUUGUUAGUUUCAUUUGAUUGCUUAUUGAGCGUGUUUUUCUCAUUUCAGCGCUUCGGAACGACGACGGUUACAUCAGUCCGUCAUGGAAAAGCAGGCUUCUCGACUCCACAUCCGAAUGAAGUUCCGCCGGAACUCAGACUGUACGUUACAGUAUUUUUUUAACAAUAAAAAACAUUGUGAAUUUUCAGAACAAAACCCGAUUUGAUUCUUCCGAUCCCUGACGAGCUGAGAAUAGUUCCGUAAGCAUUCUUUCCGAAAAACACGAAAAACAAAGUGUAUUUAUUCCAGAGAUAAAAAGCAAAAACCGGAGGUUGCAGCUAUUCCGAAUGCACUCCUUCCUCUAAAUCAACGAGUUCCUGAACCUCAAGUGCCUGUUUACGUUCGUGAGUAGACCUUAUGGAGAGCUUCACACAUUUCCCUAUUUAACAGGCCCUCCUAUGCGUAAAACGCUUCAAUUAGCCGGUGCUCGACCUGGAAAAAAGAGUGAUAAAAUCGACGAGGAAAGAAGAAAAGAGGAAGCGAAAGAGAAGAACAGAAGGCAGGCGGAGAGAGAUAGAAAAGAUGUGAGUGAUCUGAAAGGGGAGUCUUGAAAAUAACGAUUUUUCAGCCAAUCGGAGCUCUGAAUCGUGCUCUUCCACCCGGCCUUCCCCCGAUUCCCCAAUUCAAUCUGGAUAAACGGAAGCGCGGAGGACGACCACGGCAGACGCUGCCCAACGGAUUGAACAAGAGCUCGCCGCUGGCUGUCAAACGGUACCUUCCCAGUGGUGUUCGCUGUAAUAACAGCUAUUUUUACAGCUAUCAUGCUCGUCAGUUAGCCAAGGAGACAGGCAUUACACUGGACCAAGCAAUGAUUGAAAUCGAAGAUCAAAUCGCCGAAUUCGGAGAAGACACUGAGGAGAAUCGUGAUGCGGACGCUUAUGUGUUAGAGGAAAUAAAGCGACGCGGCGACGAGAUGUGGAACGAGAAGCAUAAUUACGUGCCGGCAGACCAUUCGCAAGGCAUUCCCGGAGUGGACAGACCACCAGGCGGAGGAGCUCCGCCGCCGAUGAGGGACAUGGACAGAGAUAGAGAUUGGGACCGAGGAGGGAAGAAAGCCAGAAACCGAGGAGGGGUCAAGGAGCGGGAGAAACGACGGAAGCGUAAGAUAUAGACGGGGAAUUGCAUUUAAAAUCUGAAAAUUAUAGGAGAAGAAGCAAUGCGUGGAGGUGGCGGACGGAACCGAUGGGCGGACAACGGACCACCGCUAAAGCAGGGAAGAUGGGCAAGGGAAGAUCAGCAGGGAGGGUACGACGAUUAGUAAGUUAACUAAAAAGAAUUGAGCAAACCGCCGUUCCUCAGUUACAGCGGCUCCAACUCGUAUCGGCAGGAUGGGUACGACGAUCGAAGACGGGAUUACGAUCAGUAUUAUGAAGGGUAUGGAAGCGCUGUGAACUACUGUAAAAUUUCAACAUUUUCAGACAAGGAGGAUACGACAACUAUGAUCAGCAGCAGUACGGCGAAGAGAGAUACGAUCAGAACGGAUAUGAUUACGACUACUAUCAGCAGCCACAGGAGGGAGGGUGAGGACAGACGCGAAAGAAGACACCUGAACAGUAGUUCCAUUUCAGAGAGGAACAUAAUUAUUAUCAUCAGGAGGAAACUGGUCAGUACUAUAACGAGUACUACGGAACCGAAGCACCUCCGACCGAAUACCACGCGACGUUCGACACUCCUGCCGAUGCUCCUGCCAAGUCAUCUGCUCAUCCUCCAAGACCAUAG